CGUCAAUGCGGAAAAGACCGAUGGACGUAGAUUCCGAAUAUUCUGCAGAUGUACUGGUAGACUCCAGAGUCAUUUUCAAACCAAAACACAGUGAAAGUGCGGCAUGGUUAGACUUUGGACUGAAAUUAAGGUGCAGCCAGUACCGGGUACGACAUUUGUAACCGCUAAUUGCAGAAGGUUAGAGAAAACUUGUAGCCACUUUCUUCAGAAGUUUUGCAUUCACGCUUUAAGGGGAAGCGAGGAGGAAAAGGCUUUUAUUUUUGCGUUUUUUUUUCCUGGAUGUGUUGUAGGUUUAACCACCGACUCGAGUUGAACUUCUAUCCACUCGAGCAUCCUGCGUUUGUGCCAAUUCCUGAGGAGUGACUCCCAGCCCUGACGUCAGAUGUCCUCACCCCCCCAAAAAAACAUUUCGGAUUGGGACAAGAGAGAAGUAAAGGUUCAUUAACUCAUUCAUGCAAUUGUGUGUGCGUGCAGAGGUGGAAGACAAAGCGAGUGGGUUCCGCUAGCGAGGAGAAAGCAGCAGCUCCUGUUCAGUUCCAGCGUGCGAAUUUCAGUCCUGGCGAAAGUGACCAGCAGAGAGAGAGAGCAGGCAACCAGGGAAAAAAACAAAAUCCAACAUUAGUCCGUGAGGCACUGCAGAUCGGGACAGCUCCGGGAGGCCCUGGGAGAAUUGUGAACCUUUCCGUGUCAGGAUGUUCGAAAAAAGAAUUGUUUUCGUCCUGGUGGAUGUCCUGUGUGUGAUUGUGGCAUCAUUACCAUUUGUCAUAUUGACGCUAAAGGGUAAACCAAACAUGCGAGGAUUUUACUGCAAUGAUGACAGCAUAAAAUAUCCAUAUAAAAAGGAUACCAUUUCACACUGGCUGAUGGCAGCAGUUAUUAUUCCAGUCUGCAUCAUCAUUAUUACUGUUGGAGAAGCAUUUAUGGUUCACCUAAAACUAUUGUACUCAAGAUCCGAGUUCAAUAACUAUUUGGCUGCUUUGUACAAGGUGGUAGGAACCUUCGUGUUUGGGGCUUCAGUGAGCCAGUCAUUGACUGACAUUGCAAAAUACACCGUUGGACGUCUUCGGCCAAGCUUUUUGGCGUUGUGUAAACCUAACAUGUCAUUGGUGAACUGCUCACAGUACGUCCAGUCAUUUGUUUGCACAGGGCCAGUUGCAGAUGUUGCAGAGGCAAGAUUAUCAUUUUAUUCCGGCCACUCCUCGUUUGGAAUGUACUGCAUGGUAUUUCUUUCACUGUAUUUGCAGGUCCGUUUGCAUGUAAAAUGGGCCAGGCUUUUGCGACCAACCAUCCAGUUCUUCCUGCUAGCUUUUGCGAUUUAUGUGGGUUAUACCCGCGUCUCUGACUACCGACACCACUGGAGUGAUGUGUUAGUUGGAUUCCUCCAAGGUGCUAUCGUUGCUAUUUUAGUUGUGCGAUAUGUUUCGGAUUUCUAUAAAGACAGACCCCUGUUUGGAGAGGUAUCUGAAGCUUCAGAACCAGAGAGAAAACCCAACAUUCCUCUAAGUGAAACUGAGCCUAUGAAUCACUAUGGAACACGACACAUUCCCUGACUGAUACAUGUCCAUUCCAUCGCCAAGAAACUGUGCUUUCCCAUUGAGCAUUUAAAGGAAACCUGGAAUUUCCUUCCUUCGUAUUUUUAAACUUUGUUCUGUUUACUGUGGCUCAACACUGAAAACACAUUUCAGUCUCUGGGGUGAAAGGAGCACUGAUUUUUACUUUUUAUAUACUUGUAACAAUGAGACCGGACACAGGCUCACAGAUGAAGCAUGUUGCUGUUUAUUCACUGCAAAAACAUCUUGCCAGAAAAUAUUAACUUUGCCUUCAUUUUAAAGGAAUACUGCAAAAUUUGCAUGUCUGUCGUUUUUGAAACAACAGGAAAAAGACAAUCCAUUCUUUUGAUGUCCUGUGUCAUGUUUUGAAUGCAAGAUGUAGAUGGAAUCGGAGAGCUGAAUCUGUUACCAGAUGAUUGCUAAUACUACUCACUGUUAGCUGAUUUGUGUUCAUGACCUAGGAUAGUGGUGACUGAUUCCUCCCCCCUCCCUCUCUUCCCCCCCACUCCCUCUCCCAGCUGUAUUUUUCUCUGUUUUCCCCUCACUAGUGAGCUAGCUAACUCCAUGUGCUGUCAAAUAUGGAGGAAACAUGCCAAGUUCCUUGCAAUUGCAUGCUUUAAGUGGAAAACUUGACCUGAUUUGUAUCUGAUGCCCGAGAAACAUCACUGAGGGAGAUAUUGAUUUGAUAAGGGACUUACUGAGAAUUCACUAACAAAAAAAGACUUAGAUUGCCUGUGCUGUUAAGAUUUCAAUAGCCCCACCCUUCCUCCAAAGUACAAUAGGGAAACGCACUGUUCAGGGCUCGGCUGAGCUAGCUGCUCUCUGUAAAGGCAAUGUUCGAGCACUGUUUGAUCCCAGUGCUCAGGAUAAGCCAGGGAAUGAGUCAAAGCCGCCAAAUGUUUCUGUUCCUGAUCACGGCUUAUCUGACCCACAGCCAUCACUAAUGAGCAACAUUAGACUCAACAUUGACAUCCCUAUCCUUCUGUGAGCAAAUAAUCAGCGCCCACUGACUAGAUUGAAUUUGGAAUGAUACUUGUACCCGUGCAACAAUGGCCAGAGUUUUAGAGAGGAAGGAAGAAAAUUGAAACUACGAGACCCAACUACAAUUUAAUUAAAACUAUUUUGAAUACAUACUUUAAUCUGAAUGUUUUUUCUGCCAAGUACUAAAUCUAGGACUGAUGUGUUUACUGUUUGUAAUCCAAUAAAAUUACAGUAUCUUUAAGUAACAAUAUCUUCUGAAGCAUGCAAGACAAAUUAUUUUGGUGUUACCCUGUUAACCUUUUAAUGAGUGUGUUGAGUCACUGAGAACUGGAACAAAGAUUAAUUCCUUGCUGUAAGACAAGAGACUGAAUAAUCCAAGCAAUAACGUAACCACUAGCUCGAACAUAAACAGAAAUAUCUGCAUUAAAAGAAAAUGGCAGCUAUUUGGCAGUGAAACCUCUUAGCCAUCUUGAUCCUUACCUUAAAUUACCUUUGUGUACUUAAUGGUCUGACACUAGUUUACGUACCCAAUAUGAUGUUACAGCGAGGAUAUUUCAAACUGCCAACAGAUCAAAGCUCACUGCUAAUCGUAAUGAUUCCCUAUGAAGCAAGUCUCUUUUGCUGAUCAAACCAUAUGAAAAUUCUCAUGAGCAAACAUUGCAUUUGUAUCAGGCCUUUGCAUUUGUGUCGUGACACAACUCCAGCAGAGCAUUGAGGUACAUUUCAAAACUUUGGACUUAAUAGCACCCAAUUAGCUCCAGACCUAGAGUGAGACAUUGCCAAGGUUUCCUGCAUGAAGUAUAAAUAUCGCAGGUUUGUUUUCUAAACACUUAAUGGAAUUGCUAAAGUUUCUCAAAAAUGGGAAGCCAGUAGGGAUAGUGUCCAGUGAGCAACCAUUGUAUCCUCUAUGUACCAGGUCUUUCACCCCAAAGGAGAAUCAUGAUCCACUUGUCUCUGCAACUCAUUUGAGGAGAGAUUAGAAGAUUGAUGGGCUCCACGUUGCUUGUACCCUAUGCAUUUAGAUAUGAAAUAAGUAAAUAUGAAGUUAGUACAUCAGUAAUCUGGAAGUUAGAGGGCGUGUGUUCUUUAUAUCGGCACAUUAAACUGUUAUGUUGCAGAUGAAACCAUACGAGAUUUGAUACCACCCACUGCAGGUGUGUGAAAAAAAAACUCUUGAUAUUUCUAUUUUGAAACUGAACAUUGAAGUUUUUCUUAAUUUAGGUAUUUUGUAUAUAUUUGCAUAUAUAUUCUAGACAUUGAGGAACCUGAUUUAGGAGAUGGAAUUUAGCUUGUUGUAACAAAUUGUUAAGGUCUGGAAUUAAACUUCACCAAUAUACAAGAUGAUAUGAAAUUUGAGCCAGUUAAGUUUGUAGAGCUCUUUUUAUAAAAUCAAAUAAGUAAAAACAAACUCUCGCAAUUUCUCUCAAUAUUCACAAGUGUUUGUGUAUUUUUCAAGGCAGCCUUUUUUCAAAACAAAGUUCACAAUUCAAAUGUUAAUAGCAUGGUCAAGCUGACUGAAUUAAUUGUAAAGUUGCUUUAGGUUUGUGGGUGAAAAAUUGUAUUUCUGGUGAAAUUUCUAAAUUUUCUUAUGUUUAUAAAUGCAAUAUAAAGAUGAGAGAUUUUAUUAAUGAUGCAUUAAAGUGUUUUUUUAAAA